AUGGCUGAGGUGGAGAAACACACUUCGACGACCACGUUCAAGUUGAUUACAGUCUUACACUUCGAUGAAGAGACAAGAUACCUUGGUUCUGUUUUCUUGAUCUUAGCGACCCUCGGCACAGCCCAUAUCAAAUGGAAUGAGCAUGGCUUUCCUAUUUUCGAUGCUCAUGGCAUUAAAGCAUUCUUAAUCGAUUCUUGUUUUACCGGUCACUUGUACACUGGAUUAGGUACCAUGGUGAUUUUGCUGGCAGAAAUCAUUCUCAUGAUGCGAGUUUAUGCAUUGUUCGGAGGUGGAAGGGGAAAGCUGCUUUCAUUCACCAUACUGACACUGCUUCUCUUCGGGUUCAACAUCCUGCAGGUUACAAUCGCUCUUGAUGAAGUGGAUGUGGGCGCGAGACCCUUCGUCCGUCAGUCACUGGGCAAUUUUGGAUGCGUGGAUGGCCACCCUAUGUCCGGCAUCGCAUGGACAAUGACCUCUUCCGUCGAGCUACUUCUAUUUCUUCUCGUUCUAUGGAAGACUAUGCAACUGAAGGAGCUUAGCCUUCCGACACGUAUUUCCAUGCCAAGGGAUGGCCCGAUGAAGACGCAGAGUAUCACCGCAUUGAUGGCAAGAGACUCCAUUGUAUACUUUGCUGUGUAG